AUUUAUUAGUCAUCAUAAAUAUUUUUUGUUGUGUCAGUUUGUUUGUAAACAAGUGCCCCAUUUUUAAAGCCUUAUUAAACAAAAUAAGGCCCAACCUUGUCUUUUCACUUAUAUAAUGGUUAUUUGUGCUACCCAUGAACGAAAUGGAAGAAGCAGACUCCAAACUGUUAAUCUCGCUACAAAAAUUAGAAUUAGAAGAGCCUAAUAAACGCAAAACAAUGAAUCAGCUCGAUUUCAACCCUUUCAGGCCACGUUCCAAGUCUCUGUCGAGCAUCACAAGCCUCACCACAAAUCGGUCCAAGGUUUGCUUAUGCUCGAAACCCCCUGGCGUCAAAAAAACCACCUCCUUCAAACACACCAACAAAAAAAUCUUACGCGACCCCAUACUGAAAAUAGUCAAGUUCAAAACCAACCACAGAAAAGCCAAAGCCCAAGAAAAAGUGUUGAGUCACUGUUUCAAAGACAAAGAUUUCAAAUCGUUGAUGAACGCUUGCGGUAAACUAUCGCUGGAUAGUUCGGUUAUUCAUGGUGAAUUGAAAGAAAGUUUUCAAACGGCCCGCUCUGCCGCUCCGCCAAAAUUGCAUACACCGAAAACAGAACAAACAAGUUUGGCUAGUUGUUCGCAUCAGGCCAGAGUAAAUGCGAAUCCUCCUUGUGACGUCACUAUUGACGAACUGGCUAGUUACUUUGAAACGUCGGUGCAUAUUCCUAAAAAAAUGAGCUCUAUGGCUGAAAUGAUGUAUAUUUGAAUUUAGUUGGAUCUGAAUUUGAUUUAUGAAGAUUAAUUUUGUAUAUAUACUUAUAUUAUUAUUUAUUUUAUGAUUUUUCGCCUUUUAGUUUGUAUAAUGUUGUAGAACAAUUAAAUUUAUUUAAAUAUU